CAGGGUGCCUCGCGCGGCGUGGACUCGGGCCGCUGCCGCCAUCCCGCUGGCUAGAGGGAGAGAGAGGCCCGCCCGCUUGCCGGUCGGGCCAGUGUGGGCCAGUGCGUGAGGGCGCGGGGGGCCGUGUCAGCGAGACGCAGAGCGCAGCCGCCACCACUAAACGGACAUGUUGGAGCCCAGCGCCGCCGCUGCCUCUUUUUCCUCAUCCUCCGGACGGGACUGAGAGGGGGCCCGCCACCCCUCCGCCUCUGCCUCUGCCUCGCCCGCCCGCUCUGCUGCCUCGGCCGCAGCCUCUUCCUGCCCGGCCUUCAGCUCCGCAGCUUAUCGCCGCCUCCGGCCCCCCCAGGCCCGGCCGGUUCCCCGGCCCCGCUUCGCCGCGGCGCGAGGUCUAUGUGACCGGCGGGCCCGGAGCAGCCGCCGCCGCAGCGCGAACAUGGACGCCGUCAACGCCUUCAACCAAGAGCUCUUUUCACUUAUGGAUAUGAAGCCUCCCAUCUCUCGAGCCAAGAUGAUUCUCAUCACGAAAGCUGCUAUUAAAGCUAUUAAGCUUUAUAAGCAUGUAGUUCAAAUAGUAGAAAAGUUCAUCAAAAAGUGUAAACCAGAGUACAAGGUUCCGGGAUUGUAUGUAAUCGACUCAAUUGUGCGACAGUCUCGUCAUCAGUUUGGAACUGAUAAAGAUGUUUUUGGGCCAAGAUUCUCUAAAAACAUAACUGCCACAUUCCAAUAUUUAUAUCUUUGUCCAUCUGAAGAUAAGAGUAAAAUAGUUCGUGUGCUGAACCUUUGGCAAAAAAAUGGGGUAUUCAAAAUUGAAAUUAUUCAGCCUCUUUUGGACAUGGCAGCAGGAACCAGUAAUGCAGCCCCAAUAGCAGAAAAUGUUACUAAUAAUGAAGGUUCACCUCCACCUCCAGUCAAGGUUGCUUCUGAACUUCCACAGGCCACUACAAACUCUGUACCAACUGUACCACAGUUGCCCAGCUCUGAUGCUUUUGCUGCUGUGGCCCAACUGUUUCAGACAACUCAAGGUCAACAGCUUCAGCAGAUCCUUCAGACUUUUCAGCAGCCUCCAAAACCACAGUCUCCCGCCAUUGACAAUGCUGUGAUGGCUCAGGUUCAGGCUAUCACAGCUCAAUUAAAGACAGCUCCUACACAACCACCUGAACAAAAAGCUGCUUUCCCCCCACCUGAGCAAAAAACUGCAUUUGACAAGAAGCUACUUGAUAGAUUUGAUUACGAUGAUGAGCCAGAAGCUGUGGAGGAAUCAAAGAAAGAAGAUGCUGCUGCCGCCGCCGCCGCCGCCGCCGCCGCUGCCGCUGCUGCUGCCGCCGCCACUGCUACUGCUGCCAGUGCCGCCACGGCACCUCCUGCUGCUGCCGCACCCCCAGCUCCUGCUGCUGCCGUGCCUUCUGCUGCCCCGGCUGCGGCUUCUCCUCCACAGGCCCCCUUUGGAUUUCCUGGAGAUGGCAUGCAGCAGCCGGCAUAUACCCAGCAUCAAAACAUGGAUCAGUUUCAACCUCGAAUGAUGCCAAUACAGCAGGAGCCAGCGCAUCAUCAGGUUCCACUUCCUCCUAAUGGACAGAUGCCAGGAUUUGGCCUUCUUCCUACACCUCCAUUUCCUCCCAUGGCUCAGUCCGUGAUUCCUCCAACUCCACCUGUGCAGCAGCCUUUCCAAACUUCCUUUCAGACACAAAAUGAACCACUUACACAAAAGACACAUCAGGAAAUGGAAGUAGAGCAGCCUUGUAUUCAAGAAGUGAAGCGGCACAUACCUGAUAACAGAAAAUCAAGAUCUAGAUCAGCAUCCAGGUCACCAAAAAGGAGACGAUCUCGAUCUGGUUCUAGAUCUCGAAGGUCUCGUCAUCGACGUUCUCGAUCUCGAUCCAGAGAUAGACGCCGACAUUCUCCUCGAUCUCGAUCCCAAGAAAGACGAGAUCGAGAAAAAGAAAGAGAACGCCGACAAAAAGGCCUUCCUCAAAUCAAAUCAGAAACUGCUAGUGUUUGUAGUACUACACUCUGGGUGGGACAACUGGACAAAAGGACUACUCAGCAAGAUGUUGCCAGUCUCUUAGAAGAGUUUGGGCCAAUUGAAUCAAUUAAUAUGAUUCCUCCCAGAGGUUGUGCCUAUAUUGUUAUGGUUCAUAGGCAAGAUGCUUAUCGUGCCCUGCAGAAACUGAGCCGAGGAAACUAUAAAGUGAACCAGAAAUCCAUAAAGAUUGCCUGGGCCUUAAACAAAGGAAUAAAGGCAGAUUAUAAGCAGUAUUGGGAUGUAGAACUUGGUGUUACUUAUAUUCCAUGGGACAAAGUCAAGCCUGAAGAACUGGAGAGUUUUUGUGAAGGAGGAAUGUUGGACAGUGAUACACUUAAUCCAGAUUGGAAGGGAAUUCCCAAGAAGCAUGAAAAUGAAGUUGCUCAAAAUGGAGGGGCAGAAACCUCACACACAGAACCAGUAUCACCCAUCCCUAAGCCUUUACCUGUGCCUGUCCCUCCCAUUCCUGUUCCUGCACCUAUAACAGUACCACCUCCACAGGUCCCACCACAUCAGCCAGGACCUCCUGUAGUUGGUACUCUCCAGCCACCUACUUUCACACCUCCUUUGGGAAUUCCGCCUCCCGGCUUUGGUCCUGGUGUUCCUCCUCCUCCACCUCCUCCACCGUUUUUGCGCCCAGGAUUCAACCCAAUGCAUUUACCACCAGGUUUUCUUCCUCCUGGACCCCCACCUCCUAUAACUCCACCAGUAUCCAUUCCUCCUCCUCACACUCCACCAAUAAGCAUCCCAAACUCUACUAUCGCUGGUAUAAAUGAAGACACUACAAAAGACUUAUCUAUUGGAAAUCCCAUUCCAACAGUGGUGUCUGGGGCUAGAGGAAAUGCCGAGUCUGGUGACAGUGUGAAAAUGUAUGGCUCUGCUGUGCCACCUGCUGCACCCACGAAUCUGCCCACCCCUCCUGUAACCCAGCCUGUUUCACUUCUUGGUACUCAAGGAGUUGCACCUGGUCCUGUAAUUGGGCUCCAAGCCCCAUCCACUGGUCUUCUUGGUGCCCGACCUGGCCUAAUCCCACUCCAGCGCCCGCCAGGAAUGCCUCCACCCCAUUUACAGCGAUUUCCUCUGAUGCCACCUCGUCCCAUGCCACCUCACAUGAUGCAUAGAGGUCCGCCACCAGGCCCAGGGGGCUUUGGAAUGCCUCCGCCUCACGGAAUGAAAGGCCCCUUUCCACCCCAUGGCCCCUUUGUUCGGCCUGGUGGAAUGCCGGGGCUCGGGGCCCCAGGACCAGGCCCAGGCGCUCCUGAAGACAGAGACGGAAGGCAGCCGCAGCAGCCACCACCAACUCAGCAGCCGCCACCGACUCAGCAGCCGCCACCGACUCAGCAGCCGCCACCGACUCAGCACCAGCCACAGCCGUUUAGAAACGAUAACAGGCAGCAGUUCAAUGCAGGUAGAGACCAAGAAAGGUUUGGAAGAAGAUCUUUCGGAAGUAGGGUGGAGAAUGACCGGGAACGGUAUGGGAACCGUAAUGAUGAUAGAGAUAAUUGUAAUCGUGAAAGGAGAGAGUGGGGAAGAAGGAGCCCUGACCGGGACAGGCACCGAGACUUGGAAGAGAGGAAUAGACGCUCUAGUGGGCACCGAGACAGAGAGAGAGAUUCUAGAGAUAGAGAGUCUCGUAGGGAGAAGGAAGAAAACCGAGGGAAGGAAAAGCCCGAGGUGGCAGACAGGGCCAGUGGGAACAAAGCCGCUGAACCUCCCCUUAGCCAAGUGGGAACCGUAGACACUGUUUCAGAACUUGGCAAGGGGGAGUCUGAGUCUGCAGUCGUAAGACCUUCUGAAGAGUUGCCUGCUGAGGCUACCUCAUCCGUUGAACCUGACAAGGAUUCCGGCUCAGCAGCAGAGGCUCCUCGUUAGAGACUGGAAUUUGUCAAAAUGUGACAGUGACGCUUCCGGAGUGUAGAGCUUGAGGUGUACAGAUGCUGUAUCAUAUUUGCUCCUGCUUAUCAGCCCCGCAGUAGUUGGCGGGGAAUUGUAAGCAAUUUGAUUGCUUCCCUUCUAUUUAAAAAUAGCCACAAAAUAACAAAAAAUACUGAAAAUAUGAAUAAAUAUUACCCUUUUUGCUGUAACUUUUUAAAAGUUUUGACUUUAAAAAGUUUACAAAUCGUAAUUAGAAGUGCUAUUUUUUUUUUUAAUUUAAGACAAGGUAACGGUGAAAGCUCCUCAAAAACAAUAGGGAUGUUUUUAAUAAACUCUAUUUUCGUAACAAA